AUAUCGCUUCAUAUGAAAGAUUACUAGUUUUGGAUUACAACUUUGGACAAAGUUAAGCACAUGAACUUUCUAAAUAUACAAAUAACCAGAAAGAUUGUAUUACAGAAAAGGUUAGAAACAAAUGAAAGAAAAAGAAACACUUAUUUAGAAGGGAAGAAACAAAUAAAGAGAGAGAGAGAGAGAAUCGCAACUGGGUUUAAUAAGCAGAUUCCUUAUGUUUUUCAUAGGAAACACUUUACCUUUUCAUUGUUUUCAGUUACCUACAAGUCUUUGGACUUUGGUGUUGUUCGAUUUAGUACGACAUGCAACAGUUAAAAAAGGACCUCUCCUAGCUUAGCUUUAUGACAAAACAAUCUUCAAAUGCUCCAAAUAUUAGCGUUGAUUUUAAAAAGUAUCUGGUGAGAGAGCUAUGAUCUCCAUAUGUCAUAAUCUUGCUACUGAUACAAUCAAUAAGACAGAAAUUAAGUAAAAAUAUGUAACUAGUUCGAGUUAUUUUUGUAAAAUCUCUUUUUCACCACAUUCCCAUCUCAGAUCUUAGUUACUAUCAGUCGGAGAUGAUGAGAUUUGAAGUUUCCCACCAAGAAAGAAGGAGCUUCUUAUAUAUUUUUUCAUGUACUAUAAGUUUAUCUGUAAAUACCUUUUCCUCUUUAUGGUGUUUUCUCUUUGCUUGCCGAUUCUUCUAGCUUCCUAGUUUCUCCUAUCUCAAGUUUUCUUAUAUUCUCUCCUACAUGUCUUCGCAUCCCUUCUCUCUCCCAUCCCAAGAAAUCUUUGAUUCUAUGAUUCUCUCUUUUCUCUUCAUCUUUAUAAUAACAUAUAUCUAUCACCUGAGAGGGAACUUCUUCGCAACCAUUCUUUCUUUCCUCUACCAUAUCCAAAGAACUACCUGAAGACUAUCUCUCUUUUCUAUCAUAAGCUUUUCAACUACACCGAAAACGGAAACAAAAUGACUCACCGUAUAGCUUCUCGAUGUUUCUCCAUCAUGCUUAUAUUUCUUCUAAUCACUUCACCUUUAGAUGUCAUAGCUCAGGGUCAGGGAGGACAAGGUGAUAUACCAGUUGUUAAUCCUACAGCUCCCGGUGGUAGUACCACCACACCAACCAUAACCCAACCAUCACCGCCUACCUCAACAUUCCCAAGUCCAACUACACCAACAACUACACCAACUGGAGGUUAUCCACCACUUGAUGGUACCACACCAACCGGUGGUUACCCGCCACUUGAUGGCACCUCACCUCCAGGUGGUGGUGGUGAUGUUGGUGGUGGUUACGGUGGUGGUAAUGCACCUGGUGGAGGUGGUGACACUGGUGCAGGCGGAGGAGGUGGCGGCGGUUAUGGUGGUGGUGCACCUGGUGGCGGAGGAGGAGGUGACACCGGUGCAGGAGGUGGUGGUGCAACUGGUGGUGGUGGUGGUGGUGGUGACACUGGUGCAGGGGGAAGUGGCCAGUGGUGUAUAGCGAAAGCAAAUGCUUCGCCAACAUCAUUACAGGUGGCUUUGGAUUACGCAUGUGGGUAUGGAGGAGCUGAUUGUGGCCAGAUCCAACAAGGUGCAGCCUGUUACGAGCCUAACACUAUUCGUGAUCAUGCUUCCUUUGCUUUCAAUAGUUAUUACCAGAAGCAUCCUGGUUCAGACAGCUGCAAUUUUGGAGGGGCAGCCCAACUUACCAGCACAGAUCCAAGUAAAGGAAGCUGUCACUUCUCAUCAUCAUCAGGAACAGUCAGGUAUGUUUCUCCUUCAACUAAACUAGCUGAUUUCUACAGAUGA